CCAUGAGUCCCAUCCGAUCCCAUCCCCCACCCGAUUCCUGCCUUACCUUCCCUUCCCUUGCUCGCCUUCGCUGGGCUUGCCUGUCAUCCAAGUGCAUGAGCGAACAAAGAAGUGAGCGCAGGCAGCCCCGCUUGGCACAUCAUCAUCCAGCCCUACUUCCUUGUGACCUCGUCUGUCUGCUGCUGCUGCGACUCUUUAGCAGGCCAUUCCAUUCCAUUCCAUCCACAUGCCGAGCCAUUCUUAUAAGAGCGAGCAAAGCUCUCUCAUAAGACGCUCCGCUUGCGUUGCGCUCGUGCUUCUGCUGCUCCUUGUGCAUUAGAAAAUAGAGCUGCCACCUGCAAGUGCGCAGCGGGCCUCAGAGCUCGACGAGCAUUCGGCCACUUGUUGGCUGCCGCCAUUGGUUUGGAAAUCCUUUCCCAGCGCGAUCUGCUUGCCGAUCCGCGGUUUGGUCUGCGCACGCACGGAUUCGGGUGCCGUUGAUGAGGUGCGAGGCAGGGCAGGGGCCGAGAGAGGGUGGGAGGGAGAGGAAAGAGCUGAGCGUCUCAUCGGGCCGAGGUUCUUUGUCUGCCUGCCUGUCUCGGUGAUGCUUCACGAUUUCGUGGAGAUUGCCCUCUUUUGUUGGUCGAGGUGUGGCGACUUCGGGGUUGUCGGUGUCCUGCCUCUUUCCCGUCUCACGCCCUUGUCUCUGUGAAUGGUCUCUAACGCGAGACCAUCACUGACCUUCACUUCGGCCCCUGUUUGUUUCCACAUUACCCCUCUCUCUUUGCCAAAUUUGAGGAGUGGGCGGAAUUCCAGUAUUUUUUUCAGUCCCUGUUGUAGGAAACCCUCUGACAGGGAUCUUCGUGGGGAAUCCACUUGCAUUGGCGUUUCAAGGAUUGAGACUGCCCAUGCGAGCGUCAAUGCCUCGGAUAGACAAUUCAGACCUUUAAUUCUUGCCGCCUCUCCCUCGUCAAAAGCGAGGUUUUAGCAGCCUUGUGUCAUUGGGCCCAUUUCAUUAUUCUUCAUUUGAGAUAUGCCAGAUCAAGAGCCUGAACUCCCGGUUUUCUAGGACUGAAGCAUUCGAUCCCAGUUACUUUCUACCGCAACACGCGGGACGUGUGGUUGAAGACGUUAUAGGGUUCUUGUCGAUUAUAAGUCGAGUCCAGAAUUUCACUCAGCCGGGAGCGCUUUGGAAGCUGAACACAGCAGCGAAGAUAUUCUGCGAGGAAUCGGCUCUUUGAGCUCCGAAAGGCGGAACAAGGAGGAUUGCAGGGUAGCUUCAGGUUUCCAAAAUUAGUCGAAUGGCGCAAGUCAAGGGGCAGCCGAAGGAGAAAGAGCCUCCUACCAGCGUAACAAGUGUGUACCUGCACGUCGUGGAGGACGUCAUUCAAAAUGUUCGGACAGAUUUUCAGAGCGAGGGCGUAGAUGAAAACGUGCUGAACGAACUUCAAGCGGUGAACUCUCUUGACCAUUCUUUCUCCUCUUCACUUAUAUCAUUCACAACUUGCUCAUUUUUUAAUGAAUGGCCUUCGAAGUGAGAGCAAAAGCCAUCGCCUUGUUCAAAGUGGAUGCUUGCCUCCGAAAGUCCACCGCUUGCUUGUCGUGAGUCGCGUACUUUGAGGUGCCUGUAUAGAAAUGUUGUCGGAACUGGAGACUGAAGGUAGGUUCCUAUUCUCUCUAUCUCGUCCAAACGGAUAUUUUAAUGCAAGUUGUUCUUAUGACUUGAAUACACUGCUGUUAAUUGUUCUUCACUAGUGAACUGUAAUUUUGCUCUUAAGCUGCUUGUCAAGAAGCAACCAGGGUCUCCUUAACGAGUGAAUUCUUCAAGUAUGGAUUCUGAGUUUGUUGUCUUAGAAGCCACUGAGCUGAUUUACUUUCAGUCAGCACUUUCAGGUCAGUGAUGGUGUCCCUUCUUGUCCUGAUCAAAAUUCAUAUUGAAGUGUAUGGCUCCUUUUCUAUGGGAGAGACGGCAGUUUCUAUCCACUUUUCAGAUCAUUAAAAAUAAUUCUGGGCUCUAGAAUUGCUUGAACGCCUCUACUGGGAGCCAGAGAUAGGAGCUGGUGAAGCUGCCUGUUACUUGUGAUGUAAAGGCUAACGCAAUGCUAUGUUGUUGUAGAAGAACUCUGGGACGGUGCAUUGCCACCUCCCUAUACAUACGGACCACUGUGAAGUCACGAUUAUUCAUUCCAUUAUUAUUGUCUAUACUUUUUAUUCUCGUUUAUUUGGGACGAUCGUUCUGGGUCCAGUUUAUCCGUUAUCUCCCUUGGUUCGUGGUCAUUUCUCUAACUCACUGAAAGUGACACAUGCGUGACGUAAUUUCAGUUCAUAAUGCACCAGGGAGUAAUUAGUAUUGUUUUUACUCAGCUUCCAUGCUGCCUCAGCAUCCUCCCAAUUGUUUUCCCCUCGGGAUUCUCUGGUCUAUCCCUAGCCGCUCAAGCAUGAUAGUUGUAAGCCUCGAGAAGGUCUGGAAGUUACGAGAGCCGCAUAAUUUCGAAGCACCUCUUGCACUUUCUGAUUCCACAAUAGGAGUGGGUACCACUAUACCACUGAGCAAACGUUUCCUUCGGAAGAAGAGGAGAAUCACUUUAAUGCCCCCGAAUUUUGAUUAUACCAAUUAAAGAUGAAAUCCUCCACCUUGGGUACUUGCCUGAAUAUUAUAAUCCAGAGCAGGGGCUAUCUCUUAAACACCAAGAAGUACAAGAUGGACCUCAGCCAAAACUGUACCCUGUAAGGAGUUAUGGGAAUUGAAGAUGAUGCAAGCUGGUGCGAUUCAAGGAGGACCACCAACAGAGGCUGCACCAGCACCAGUACCUGCCCCAGCAGCACCUGCCAAGGGAGUCGCUGCCCCAGUUACUCCUGUCCACGACCUGAACGUGCCCUAUGAGGCGACUGAGGAAUAUCAAACUCCAACUGUGGAGAUGCUUUUCCCUCCUACUCCGCAGGCAAUGACGCCACAGGUCAUGACACCUCUCGCGAUGACUCCUCAAGCCAUGACUCCACAAGUUGAUGUUAUGACACCAAUCUUGGAUAUGCCUUCGCCUGCUUUGACAAGCUCCGGGGAGCCGAUUAUGUUUCAGUACUUGCCUGCUGGUCCAAGUGAUUCUGGAGCCGGUGGAAAUGGCUUGGACCUGGAUACCAAGCUUGGGAGGCCUUCACCUUACAUGCAGCAGCCUAGUCCCUGGAUGACCAAGCAGCGGGGUGUGGAUGUAAAUAUAGAUAUGAAUGCGGCUUACGAGGAAGGUCAAGAGGAGGACGAAUAUGGACAACAACCAGUUACAAAGGACUUCUUCCAUCUGUCGACAGGAAAGCGAAAGCGAGAGGACAUGACUACUGGUUCUUACAUUCAAGGUUACAAUAUCCCUCAAGGAGAUGGAGCACAUCAGGCUCUUCCCUCUCAUCUGGAUAAAUCAUAUGCUGCAGAAUGGACUUCGCAAAGAUCAGCCGCAAAGAACCCUGAUCCCAGAUUAUGGAGGCAGGAAGCUAUUGUCGCGGAUGCUCGUGUAGCUUCCUUGGUGGGAGAAACUACAACUUCUAGGGAAAUUCCACAGCAGGAUGGCAUGGAUGACGACUACGAUGAUGGUGUUGCCGAGGAAGAUUACAAUGAACCUGGAGAGGAAGAACCACAGCCGGCGAAUGAUGCGACCCCAAAAAUAGCGAAGGUAGAGCCGACAGCAGGAGAUUCCGAAGGAGAACCUCCGUUGAAUGAAGACGACGAUGAUGAUUUGGAUGAUAACGAUCAAGGGGAUGAGGAACCUCAAACUGACCACCUUGUCCUCGCUCAAUUCGAUAAGGUAACAAGGUCGAAGAAUAAAUGGAAGUGCACGCUAAAAGAUGGAAUCAUGCACUUGAAUGACCGAGAUAUUCUCUUUGUCAAGGCGACUGGAGAGUUCGAAUUUUGAUAGCUUGAGAAGUUGCAAAAGACACUUUACACAAACCAAUGGCUAUUGGUUCCAUUUCUCUCAGACGUGUCUUGCUUACUGAUUUUUGUUGCGGAGUGUCAAACAUCCGGCAACCACACUAGCUCAGAAGGUCACGAGCAAGUCAACGCGAGGUGUGCGAAAGUCGGCCUAAUGUUGUGGUCUGACAGCGGGCCAUCUUAUCCUUAUCCAGUAGCACCAUUGGAAGAGCUCAUUUUGGGGAGUAGACUCGUCGAGGCAGUUCAUGGGUAAAUACAUAGUUUUACUGCCCCGCAGUCUCAACAAUAUUGUGUCAAUUCAACCCAUUCGAGAGUCUUGAUUGAGCUGAUUCCUGUAAACCUCCCCCGUCGGUACCGUCUUUGUUGUCAAUUGUUGGGACCUAUUACCAGUCUCCUGCAGGACACAGGUGGAGGGAGGUAUAUUGGAUUGCGGAAUCUAGUCUCACCCUGUAUAUUAACACUAGUUAGUGUUCUCUUCUCGGGAGAGAGUUUUGCACUAACUGAGCUGGCUGCAAUUGCUAAAUAAAAGGACCAGAGGAAGUGAAUGUGAACUUUGGAGUGUCUGGAGUCGGGAAUCCGUGUGGACAGCGAAGUUCAUCAUGACGUUGGCGGAAGAGCACAUAGAUACUGCGUAGCAUUCGUAGUCCAGAUCAACUGUAUUAGCAGAAGGACAAUCACAGUCAAUUGCCCGAGUAGGACUCGUCAGAGUUUCAUGUCAUUCAUGAUGAGAAUAUUUUUGACUCAAAUUGGAGUACCGGAGAAAGGGUCGUUUAUCAUGUACUUUGGAACUUUGUAAGAUGUUUACAAACAUUAAAUUCCA